AUGUCAGUCGAAGACGAAUCCAUUGUGAAACAAGUAAAGUCUACGAUAACACGUAGUGAAGGACAUUAUCAAGUAUCCAUUCCAUGGAAUGACAAAAAGCCGUCUCUGAAAAAUAACUAUGAAAUGGCAUUACAUAGAUUAAGAAACACAGAAAAGAAAAUAGAGAAAGAUCCAGUUUUGAAAGAAGCGUAUAAAACAACACUACAGAAAUAUCUAAAUAAAGGUUAUAUAACUGAAGUUAACUUGAAUGAAACUUUCAAUGACAGUGAGUGGUAUAUACCACAUUUUCCGAUAGUUAAACUGGAUCGAGAGACAACUAAAGUCCGUAUUGUUUUCGAUGCAGCAGCAAAAACAGAUGGAUUAAGUCUAAAUGAGGCGAUAUAUCAGGGACCAAAGUUGCAGAAUGAAUUAUUUGAUGUAUUGUUGAGAUUUAGAAGUCAGCCCAUAGCAAUUAUGUGUGAUAUUGAAGAGAUGACUCACGUGUAG